AUGGCAUCCGGAAAGCACGUUAUCAAGCCAUCCUCGCGAGCCUUGGCAAAUUUGGAGUCCGGAGGCUUCAUCGACUUGGAAAAUGAAGCCAGUAAACUCCCGCAGUACGACCCAGCUACGUGCCCUGAUGGAGUCAUUGACCUCUCCGGUGCCAUCAAUGCAACUCGAUACGGUGAUGUUAUGGGACCGAAAGACAUGAUGGCAUUCGGAAUGUGCGAUCCAGGCGAGGGCAUCAUGGUCAUCACUCCAACUUACAUAAUGUUUCCCCACGACCUGUGCGCCAGAGCAGGCGUCAGCCUAAUCAAGGUCAACCCCGAGCCCAUUGAGAGCCAGUUUGACGAGAAGUCUGCCCCUUUGCUCAUUGAAGAAAUUUCCAGAGCCUACAUCGCAGCUCUGGCAGACGGUAUUGUCCCCAAGGCCCUCCUCCUCUGUAACCCGAGCAACCCCUGCGGCCGGACCUACCCAAGCACUUCCCUUGUCGAGAUUGCGAGAUUCUGCGGACAAAAGAACAUGCACCUUCUAUCCGACGAGAUCUACGCCAUGUCGACCUUUGCCGGCAUAACGGACGCAGAUGGACAGACGCUUCCCCCAUUCACCUCCGUGCUAAGCAUACAGGAUGAUCCACCUCGCGGUGUGCUCGCUGAGAACAUCCACUGCAUGUACGGCGCAAGCAAAGACUUUGGCUGCGGCGGUCUGCGGCUCGGAUUCCUCGUGACGCGGAACGAGCUCCUCUGGCGUUCUCUGAGGAGGUUAGUGCUGUUUACAUGGGUCUCGACUUUCUCGACUGCAUUCUUCACGCACUUCUUGCUUGACGAGGAAGCUGUCGGUAGACAUCUUAAGAUCUACCGUGAACGACUCGAGGCGCAGUAUAGGUUGACCACGCAGCUCUUGAAGGAGAGCGGAAUUCCAUUCGUGCCGGCCAACAGUGGGGUGUUCAUCUUCAUCAAGCUGACGGCUUGGUUGGAUCACGGUGAGCAUUCGGCUGAACGCGACGGAAGCCGCGAGAUGAGACUCUGUCGAUAUCUUUUGCAUGAAGCAGGUGUCUUUCUCAGUCCUGGAGAACUCUCCCUAUCGACGGUUCCGGGCUGCUUCAGAUUGGUCUACACCGACAAAAGGGAAUAUAUGCCCAUAGCUAUCCAACGGCUAGCAAAGGCACUGGAAGAGCUCAAGCUGCGUCCUGCAUCACAGUCUUCUUCGUCCUCAAUGAGUGGCCAAAACAUCAAGGGCACCAUGAAUGUGGCAGAGGAUUUGACGAGGGUAUCACGGCGGACGUCGAUUGCGCGCUUCUUGCUUUGUCCAUCGCCAGGAACAUACAUCCUCACCGGUUCAGCGGACCGCAACAUCAGGCUCUACAACCCGGCAUCUCACAACCAGCCCCAGCGCUACAGCUCAGCCAUCAACAGCAGCAAGACGCCGGGAACCACCAAGCCCGCCGUCCCCGAAGCCCGCCUCAUUCAGACCUACACAGCCCACGGCUACGAGGUCCUCGACCUCUCCGUCUCCUCUGACAACGAGCGGUUCGCCUCCGUCGGCGGCGACCGCGCCGCCUUCCUCUGGGACGUCGCCACAGCCAAGACGAUCCGCCGCUUCGGCGGCAACGCGCACGGUCACACGGCGCGCGUCAACUGCGUCUCGUUCGCCGGCGACGGGGACUCGCUCGUCAUUUCCGGGGGCUUCGACACGAGCGUGCGCGUAUGGGACGCCAAAUCCAACUCGGCAAAGCCCAUCCAGGUCUUGGACGAGGCCAAGGACGCCAUCACGGCGCUCGCGGUGAGGGACGCGGAGGUCAUUGCGGGCAGCGUUGACGGGAGGGUGAGGAGCUACGAUGUCCGGAUGGGACGUUGCGUGACGGAUGUCAUUGGGGCGAGCGUGACCAGUCUCAAGCUCACGCGGGACGGCAAAGCCAUGUUGGUCGGAUCGUUGGACAGCAAAAUCCGGCUGAUGGACCGGGAGAGCGGGACGUGCCUGAAGACGUACGCAGAUGACGGAUGGAGAAAUGAGGAGUUGCGCGUGCAGGCCGUCCUCGGUAGCAAGGAAAAAUAUGUCAUUGCAGGCGAUGAGCUUACAGCCGGCACGGGACCUUCGGGCUUGAACGGUGACGGCAAGAUAUGGGCGUGGGACCUCUUGACGGGCAAGCUGGUUGCAACGGUCCGGGUGCCGUGCCCAGAGGGCUUCGAGCCCAAGAAGAGAAUGCUAGGUAAAGAUGGCAAGGAGAAGGAGAGGAGCAACGUCAUCAGCUGCAUGGCCUGGAGGGCCGAUGGAUGGGGAGAUCAGUUCUGCGUCGGUGGCACGUCAGGGAUAGCUACUGUCUUUGGUUCACUCUAG